CACAUCUCUCCCUUUCCUCAAGGCCCAGAAACUGAGGUUCUCCUAACCUCAUCCCUCCUUAGGUGUAGAAGUCUUUUUUUAAGUGCAAACUCCUCCUGGGAUGGAGCAGAGGGCUGUCAAUUCCAGAAUAUCUCCUAACUGCCACUGUCCCUGCUUCUGCAGUGUGCUUUGAUGCAAUCAAUAUAUUUCUACUAGUUUAUCUCUAUGGACAAACCCACAUCAGGAAAGCCCCAACUCCAGUCAGGAGCCUCACAAACCAGAACAUCCACAAACAAUGAACCAACACUACUAACACAACAGUGCCUACAACAACAACAAGGAAGAGGAAGGCUUCUCGAAGCCAGGCAGGGGCAGCACAAUCAACACAGAGGGGUAUAAAGGUUCCGACCACUCAGAGGCCUGGCACGAUCACUCACUCACUCCCUCACUCACUCCCACACUCACUCACUCACGUCUCCCCCAGCUCACCUCCUCCCCACCCCAGCAUGGCCACGUCUACCAUGUCCGUCUGCUCCAGCACUUACUCUGACUCCUGGCAGGUGGACGCCUGCCCAGAGAGCUGCUGUGAGCCCCCCUGCUGUGCCCCCAGCUGCUGCGCCCCGGCCCCCUGCCUGACCCUGGUCUGCACCCCAGUGAGCUGUGUGUCCAGCCCCUGCUGCCAGGCGGCCUGUGAGCCCAGCCCCUGCCAAUCAGGCUGCACCAGCUCCUGCACGCCCUCGUGCUGCCAGCAGUCUAGCUGCCAGCCAGCUUGCUGCACAUCCUCCCCCUGCCAGCAGGCCUGCUGCGUGCCCGUCUGCUGCAAGCCAGUCUGCUGUGUGCCCGUCUGCUGCAAGCCUGUCUGCUGCAAGCCUGUCUGCUGCAAGCCCACCUGCUGUGUGCCCAUCUGCUCUGGGGCUUCCUCUUCAUGUUGCCAGCAGUCUAGCUGCCAGCCGGCUUGCUGCACCACCUCCUGCUGCAGACCCUCCUCCUGCGUGUCCCUCCUCUGCCGCCCCGUGUGCAGGUCCACCUACUGUGUGCCCAUCCCCUCCUGCUGUGCCCCUGCCUCCACCUGCCAGCCCAGCUGCUGCCGCCCGGCCUCCUGCGUGUCCCUCCUCUGCUGCCCCGUGUGCUCCCGCCUCUCUUCCGCGUGCUGUGGCCUCUCCUCAGGCCAGAAGUCCAGCUGCUGACGGGCAGGUCCCGUUUCUCCAGAGUUGUUCCAGGGCCAUCUCUGACUUCCGAAAAUCCUUGCAGCCCUGAGCCCUGUCUGAGUCUCCUCUGCCCAGAGCCACUGCACCUCCAGCCAGCAAUGCUGAGCUUUCAUGCCGAUUCCUCCAGGCAUGCAUCUCUCCCACACCCUCAUCUCCAUGCUGGCCAGCCGGUGGUCACUGUGUCCUGCCCCAUGUGAGUGAUCAGUCUGUCAACAAAUAAAGUCACCAAUGUGCCCUCUCAGAGGUCUUUUUUGCAAACCCUGUGGGAAGAACUUCAACGUGCCGCGUGGGGUGGGAGCUUCGGGACUCUGGCCUUGAGCUGCAUCCAGGCUGACAGCACCAGGGGCGGAGGCAGUCCUGACUUCCCGCUGUGCUGGGUCUGCUGUUGUGGGGUUCUCCUGCCAGCCUCAGCGUCUCCAGGCUCCGGGGGUGCUUCUCUGUGAAUCCCUCACACCUACCGGGCCCGGCCUCUCCCUGGGCUCAGCUCCUCCCCCUCUCUCCUU